AUGGAAAAAACGAGCGAUAAAGUAAAGCCUGUCGUCACCGAAGAAUUGAUUGAUAAUUUUAAAAUAGGUGAUGUGGAAGAAGGAGCUUUGGAGACCGUUUCGAGUCAUCAGCAAUCUUUAACACCUGAGGAAGUUAAACGUUUGAGAUGGAAAAUUGAUUUUCGCAUCAUGCCAUUUUUUAUGAUGAUUUAUUUCUUACAAUAUCUGGACAAGACCUUACUUAAUUAUGCAGCUGUAAUGGGUAUCAGGACACAUCUAAGAGGGAACCAGUUCAGCGACCUUGGUACCAUUUUCUACGUUGGAUAUCUUGCAGCUGAACCUUUAUCGGGAUAUUUGAUUCAAAAAUUGCCAGUUUCUAAAUUUCUAGGCUUAAAUGUUACGUUAUGGGGUAUGAUCGUGUGCUUUCAUGCCGCUUCAACAAAUUAUGCAGGUCUGAUGGUUGUGAGAACUCUUCUUGGUGUGUUUGAAGCGUCAGUCGCUGGUUGCCUUAUCAUUAUUACAGGCAUGUGGUGGACGAAGCCAGAGCAAUCUAGAAGAACUGGCCUGUGGUACAUGCAGAUUGGGACAGGUCAGAUUCUAGGUGCGCUUCUUUCAUUUGGUUUCCAGCAUGUUGAGUCUGCUAGAAUUGCGAGCUGGCAAAUUCUGUUUAUAUUUAUGGGAUGCUUAACAGUCAUUGUUGGAAUCGCUACAAUCAUAUUCGUGCCAGACAGUCCCUUGACUUGCAGAUUUUUAAGUGAAGCAGAAAGGUCUGAAGCUUUAGAUCACAUCAAAGGAAAUCAAACGGGUUUGCAAAAUAGCACUGUUAAGUUGUAUCAAGUCAAGGAGUUAUUGAUGAAAGACAAGCAGACGUGGAUUUUAUUCUUUAUCACAGUACUCACGAUGAUUACAAAUGGUGCCGUUUCCAAUUUUUCAAGCAUUAUCAUUGCAACAUUUGGUUUCGACAACAGAAAGGCGACUAUCAUUCAGAUGCCUUCGGGUGCUGUCUCUAUCAUCGCAACAAUAGUUUGUUCCUAUCUAGCUGGUUAUAUUGGUCAACGGAGCUAUAUUAUGGGAGCAGUUUGUGUGCCCUCAAUUCUGGGAGCAAUUUUAUUAUUAGCACUAGAUAACAAUCGCAGAGUUGGCAGGUUAUUCGGAGUUUAUCUUCUAAAUUCUGCUCCCGCCAUUCUACCAAUGAUUUACAAUUGGAAUGCAGUCAACACAUCAGGUCAUACAAAAAGGGUUGCAAGAAAUGCACUCACGAUGGUUGGUUUCUGUAUUGGUAAUUUAAUAGGGCCACAGAUGUUUAGAGUCAGAGAUGCACCCAAUUAUACACCUGCUAAGGUGGCAUUGAUUGUGCAGUUGGGCAUUGCAAUUAUUUUAUGUCUUGUCCUACGUUAUAUUGUCAUCAGGGAAAACAAAGCUCGUGAUAGCCGUCAAAUAGAUAACGCAGAUGGCUACAGAGAUGCUUUGCAUUUAGACAUAACAGAUAUUGAGAAUGAGAAUUACAGAUAUGAAUAUUGA